AUGUAUGAAAUCAAUAAUACAGAACCCAGUAACAACCAGAAGCUACACACGGAUUUGGAUCCCGGAAGCAGCAAGAUCAAGUACAUCCUCUCAGGUGACGGAGCAGGGACUAUCUUUGUGAUCAAUGACAAGACAGGUGAUAUACAUGCAAUGAAAAGACUUGACCGGGAAGAAAAAGCUGAAUAUACGCUAACGGCCCAAGCAGUCGAUAGGGAUACAAACAAACCCCUGGAGCCUCCUUCAGAAUUCAUCAUUAAGGUUCAGGACAUCAAUGACAAUGCUCCGGAGUUUGUUGACGGUCCAUAUCAUGCAACUGUUCCAGAAAUGUCCAUCGUGGGUACUUAUGUUACUAAAGUGACAGCCACUGAUGCAGAUGAUCCUGUUUAUGGAAACAGUGCCAAGCUGGUCUACAGCAUCUUGGAGGGACAGCCUUACUUUUCCGUGGAACCCCAUACAGCAAUUAUUAAAACUGCUCUUUCAAACAUGGACCGAGAAGCCAAAGAGGAGUACUUUGUUGUCAUCCAAGCAAAAGAUAUGGGCGGGCAUAUGGGUGGCCUCUCUGGGACCACGACCGUGACGAUUACUCUCACUGAUGUCAAUGACAAUCCUCCAAAAUUCCCCCACCACCAUCUGGAGGUUUGUAUCCAUUUCUCCGUAUUGGAAGACAUUGCUAUUGGCGAUCCAAUAGGAAGGGUAAAAGCAAAUGACCUGGACAUUGGUGAGAAUGCUAAAUCGUUCUAUGAUAUUAUCGAAGGAGAUGGAAUGGAUAUAUUUGAAAUCACCUCUGACUCCCAGACUCAGGAAGGCAUUCUUAGAUUGAGAAAGCCCUUGGACUAUGAGGCCAAAAAAUCCUAUACUCUGAAGAUAGAGGCAACCAAUGUUCAUAUUGAUCAACGUUUCAUCAGUGUGGGGCCCUUCAAAGAUACAGCAACAAUCAAGAUCAUAGUAGAGGAUGCCGACGAACCGCCUGUUUUUUCGUCACCGGAUUAUCUGCUAGAAGUGCAUGAAAAUGCUGCCAUUGACUCUGUGAUUGGUCAGGUGACUGCUCGGGACCCUGAUGUAACAUCAAGUGCCAUAAGGUUUUCCAUCGAUCGGAACACUGACCUUGAGAGACAGUUCAACAUUAAUACGCAAGAUGGACGGAUAACAUUGGCAACCCCACUGGACAGAGAAACCAACACGUGGCACAACAUAACCAUUGUGGCAACAGAAGACAGAAAAACGGAGGUGGCGUGGCGCGGCGAGACGGCGGCGGCGGCAGCGGCGGAGCAAUCCCUGGCGGUCAUUCACACCAUGAGGGCCAUUGACAAAGAUGAUCCCAAGAAUGGACACCACUUUGUUUAUAACCUCCCACCUGAACUGUCAGACAACUCAAAUUUCACAAUCCAGAAAAAAAGAGAUAACACCCUUGACAUUUUGACCAAACGUGGUGGAUUCAGCCGGCAGAAGCAAGAAGUAUAUCUUCUUCCAAUCAUUAUCAGUGACAGUGGAAAUCCUCCAAUGAGCAGCACCAGCACCCUCACCAUUAAGGUCUGUGGUUGCAGCAGUGAGGGUAUUGCCCAGUCCUGCAAUGCUGAAGCUUAUGUACUCCCUAUCGGUCUCAGCAUGGGAGCUUUAAUAGCAAUACUAGCCUGCAUCAUUUUGCUGCUAGUCAUUGUGGUGUUGUUUGUAACCCUGAGGAGACACAAGAAUGAGCCCUUGAUUAUCAAAGACGAUGAGGAUGUGAGGGAAAACAUAAUCCGGUAUGACGAUGAAGGAGGUGGAGAAGAAGAUACAGAAGCCUUUGACAUUGCAACUUUGCAGAACCCAGAUGGAAUAAACGGAUUUUUGCCCCGCAAGGAUAUUAAACCCGAUCUUCAGUUUAUGCCCAGACAGGGACUGGCUCCUGUCCCUAAUGGUGUUGAUGUUGAUGAAUUCAUCAAUGUCAGGCUUCAUGAAGCUGAUAAUGACCCUACAGCACCUCCGUAUGACUCAAUCCAGAUUUAUGGGUAUGAGGGGAGAGGCUCAGUCGCUGGUUCCCUAAGCUCCUUGGAGUCUUCAACCUCAGACUCAGAUCAGAAUUUUGACUACCUCAGUGAAUGGGGGCCCCGUUUUAAAAGACUUGGAGAACUUUACUCAGUUGGAGAAAGUGACAAAGAAACUUGA